GUGUGUGAGAUAUUUAUCUAAUUCUGUGUGUCUGUGUAAAACAGAUGCAGGUAUGGGACACGGCUGGACAGGAGCGUUUCCGGACCAUCACCCAGAGUUACUACCGCAGCGCCCACGGCGCCAUGAUCGCCUAUGACAUCACACGCCACGGAACCUUUGACUCCGUGUCCAAUUGGAUCAGGGAGGUGGAGCUGUACGGCGCGGCCAAUGUAGUGCUCUGUCUCAUUGGUAACAAGUCUGACCUUGAGUCUGAGCGUCAGGUGUUGUUCCAGGAGGCAUGCUGUAUGGCUGAGGAGAGAGGCAUCCUGGCAGCGUUAGAGACCUCAGCUAAGGAGGCCCAGAAUGUGGACGAUGCCUUCAUGAUGAUGGCCCGCGAGCUGCUGGCACGCAACGGCACUGCCGUCCGGCAACAGGCCCCUAGCAACAAUGACUCGCCCCGCGUCCUGCUCCGAGCCAACUCACGACCAAUCAACGGGCCAGCGGUGAUCACAGACAGGAAGACGUGUUGCUGACAUAGAGAGGAGGAAGGACAACAGAGGGAGUGUAAGAAUGGAUACCUGCGUGUGUGCCACUGUGUUACCUGGAAGAGGACAGAAUAAGGCAGGGAUCAUCAACUAGAUUCAGCCGCGGGACCAUUUUUUCUGGAACGGAUGUUCGAGGGGCCGGGAACACAAUUACAAUUCAUUUGUAAACCACAAAUUGACCGCAAGAAGCCCAAACAGAUAUAGUUUGACGAAACAUAAUCAUUUCAAACCUUGUUCACAUUUGUAUACGUUCACGCGUGUCUCUCCGUUAUGCAUGGGAAUACAUGGGAACAGAUUUCUUACAUUAAAAUCACUUGGAGCUGAUUUCCUGAUGUUUCAACCAUCUUUAAUGUCCAACAAUAACAAUUCCACAAAGAAAUAUAUAUAUAUAUAUAAUAAAUAAAACCCACCCGCGGGCCGCCACCUGGGGAACCCUGGAAUAGGGGAAGCUGAGACCGUUACAGGCAGAACACACACUCCUUUUGUGUGUGUGACUUUAGGUACUAUUGACCUAUGACCUAUGUAGUGGUGUAGCGCAGUUUCUCAACCCCCCGACCCCCCCACAUGGUACGAGCAAUUUAAUUUAAAAAAUGCUAAGUAGCUUUUUUAUAGCUGAUCUCUGGCUCUUUUCCAUAUUCUGCUGAGAGAACAUGUUGCUGUUUUAGUUCUCAGGGACAAUCUCAACUUUUUCCCACGAAUGUUGGUCUUAAUAUGAACAAAAUGUGAAAUAUAUAUUUUGAUGGACCAAAGUAUCAGCUAUCACACCAUGUCAAUGAAUAACUUCCUAAUGACAUUUUGAAUAAAUCAUCAAAUGCAACUAACUGGAUUUCUGUCAACCCCGUCAGACACCAUAAAAGGCGUUUUAAUUUACAAUUAUUAAGUGUUUAAAACAGCCUUGGAUUGUUUCAUUCUAACAUUAGAUUAUUCAAAUAUGUAAUACAAAUCUCCAAACUUCUUUUUGUUUAGUUUUCUGGAUUUAAGACCUAAAACAACAUUUAUAAAACUAACAUCACCCCCCAGGUCUAACAUAGCAAAUAUUACAAUUGUUUGACCAUCUGUUGCAGAACCAUUCAAACAUUUUGUCUGAAUAUUGACAGCAACAGUAUCUUAAGGGGAUCAGUCCUCAGUGACGGAGUUGACAAGCCACUGAUGUAGUUGGCAACACAUACUGAUACUGCCUCUAAAAAUACAAGUUCAAUACAAACAUUUGUAAAAUAUGGAAAAUGAUUAAUUUCAGCACUCUGACGGAGUUGACGUUAGACAAAAACCUGACAGAGUUGAUGCCUAACAGAGAGGACAAAAAUGGAGGCCUAACAGAGAGGACACAAAUGGAGGCCUAACAGAGAGGACACAAAUGGAGGCCUAACAGAGGACAAAAAUGGAGACCUAACAGAGAGGACAAAAAUGGAUGCCUAACAGAGAGGACACAAAUGGAGGCCUAACAGAGAGGACACAAAUGGAUGCCUAACAGAGAGGACACAAAUGGAGGCCUAACAGAGAGGACAAAAAUGGAUGCCUAACAGAGAGGACACAAAUGGAUGCCUAACAGAGAGGACAAAAAUGGAUGCCUAACAGAGAGGACAAAAAUGGAUGCCUAACAGAGAGGACACAAAUGGAUGCCUAACAGAGAGGACACAAAUGGAUGCCUAACAGAGAGGACAAAAAUGGAUGCCUAACAGAGAGGACAAAAAUGGAUGCCUAACAGAGAGGACACAAAUGGAGGCCUAACAGAGAGGACACAAAUGGAUGCUUAACAGAGAGGACAAAAAUGGAGGCCUAACAGAGAGGACACAAAUGGAGGCCUAACAGAGAGGACACAAAUGGAGGCCUAACAGAGAGGACAAAAAUGGAUGCUUAAUUCAAGUGGUAUACACAGUAGCAAUUAUGUUUUACUCAGUUGCUUUAUGACUCUAAAACCUCAUUUAAAUAAUAUUUUUCCGUCAGAUUAGUCUAAAAUCUCAAAAGAAUCAGGAUUGAGUAGGGGCAGCUAUGCCAUAAGGACCCCUUGUCAUUAGAUUACGAUAUAAUAUGAAUUUAGGUUAAAAUAUGUUACAUUUAAGUCACAGAGGGCUCUUGCAUAAAACUACAUAAGAUCGUGUUUCAGUUAAUAUCCAUUAUUACAUUUUUUAAUAUAAUUUUUGGGAGUUUGAAAUUGGGAUCCUUUGCACAGGACAGGGCAUUUCCAGGCAUAGAGCCGACAUGGAAAUUAAUAAGAUUGAAAGUAUUUAGAAGAUUUGAAAAAAUAUAUAUAUAUUGUGUGUGUGUGCUAUGCCAGUGGAUCUAUGACACUGUGACCUUGUGAGUGUCCCGAGGGGGAGUGGACUGGGGCAGUGGAUCUAUGACACUGUGACCUUGUGAGUGUCCCAGGGGGGAGUGGACUGGGGCAGUGGAUCUAUGACACUGUGACCUUGUGAGUGUCCCGGGGGAGAGUGGACUGGGGCAGUGGAUCUAUGACACUGUGACCUUGUGAGUGUCCCGAGGGGGAGUGUACUGGGCAGGGGAUCUAUGACACUGUGACCUUGUGAGUGUCCCGGGGGAGAGUGGACUGGGGCAGUGGAUCUAUGACACUGUGACCUUGUGAGUGUCCCAGGGGGGAGUGGACUGGGGCAGUGGAUCUAUGACACUGUGACCUUGUGAGUGUCCCGGGGGGGAGUGGACUGGGGCAGUGGAUCUAUGACACUGUGACCUUGUGAGUGUCCCGGGGGAGAGUGGACUGGGGCAGUGGAUCUAUGACACUGUGACCUUGUGAGUGUCCCGGGGGGAGUGGACUGGGGCAGUGGAUC